AUGAAAGUGCUGAGUGUGAACAGUCAAAAUUUUAUGGCGCCUCCAGGCGGCUUUGGACUGUCCUCUCAAGUUGAGCUGUCCUCUCAGGUUGAGGUGUCCUCUCAGGUUGAGAUUUCCUCUCAAGUUGAGCUGUACACUCAAGUUGAGCUGCCCUCUCAAGUUGAGCUGCCCUCUCAAGUUGAACUGCCCUCUCAAGUUGAGCUGCCCUCUCAAGUUGAGCUGCCCUCCCAAGUUGAGCUGUCCUCUCAAGUUGAGCUGUCCUCUCAAGUUGAGCUGUCCUCUCAAGAUGAGCUGCCCUCUCUAGUUGAGCUGUCCUCUCAAGUUGAGCUGUCCUCUCAAGUUGAGCUGUCCUCUCAAGUUGAGCUGUCCUCUCAAGUUGAGCUGUCCUCUCAAGUUGAGCUGUCCUCUCAAGUUGAGCUGUCCUCUAAAGUUAAGCUGUCCUCUCAAGUUGAGCUGUCUUGUCUAGUUGAUCUGUCCUCUCUAGUUGAGCUGUCCUCUCUAGUUGAGCUGUCUUCCCUAGUUGAGCUGUCCUCUCUAGUUGAGCUGUCCUCUCUAGUUGAGCUGUCCUCUACUGUUGAGCUGUCCUCUACAGUUGGACUGUCCUCUCAAGUUGAGCUGUCCUCUCAGGUUGAGGUGUCCUCUCAGUUGAGCUGCCCUCUCGUUGAGCUGCCCUCUCAAGUUGAGCUGCCCUCUCAAGUUGAGCUGCCCUCUCAAGUUGAGCUGCCCUCUCAAGUUGAGCUGUCCUCUGAUGUUGAUCCGUCCUCUCAAGUUGAGCUGUCCUCUCAAGAUGAGCUGCCCUCUCUAGUUGUGCUGUCCUCUCUAGUUGAGCUGUCCUCUCAAGUUGAGCUGUCCUCUCAUGUUGAGCUGUCCUCAAAAGUUAAGCUGUCCUCUCAAGUUGAGCUGUCCUCUCAAGUUGAGAUGUCAUCUCAAGUUGAGAUUUCCUCUCAAGUUGAGCUGUACACUCAAGUUGAGCUGCCCUCUCAAGUUGAGCUGUCCUCUCAAGUUGAGCUGUCCUCUCAAGAUGAGCUGUCCUCUCUAGUUGAGCUGUCCUCUCAAGUUGAGCUGUCAUCUCAAGUUGAGCUGUCCUCUAAAAUUGAGCUGUCCUCUCUAGUUGAGCUGUCCUUUCAGGUUGAGAUUUCCUCUCAAGUUGAGCUGUACACUCAAGUUGAGCUGCCCUCUCAAGUUGAGCUGCCCUCUCAAGUUGAGCUGCCCUCUCAAGUUGAGCUGCCCUCUCAAGUUGAGCUGCCCUCUCUAGUUGAGCUGCCCUCUCAAGUUGAGCUGCCCUCUCAAGUUGAGCUGCCCUCUCAAGUUGAGCUGCCCUCUGAAGUUGAGCUGCCCUCUGAAGUUGAGCUGCCCUCGCAAGUUGAGCUGUCCUCUCAAGUUGAGCUGUCCUCUCAAGUUGAGCUGUCCUCUCAAGAUGAGCUGUCCUCUCUAGUUGAGUUGUCCUCUCAAGUUGAGCUGUCCUCUCAAGUUGAGCUGUCCUCUCAAGUUGAGCUGUCCUCUCAAUUUGACCUGCCCUCUCAAGUUGAGCUGUCCUCUCAAGUUGAGCUGUCCUCUCAAGUUGAGAUUUCCUCUCAAGUUGAGCUGUACACUCAAGUUGAGCUGCCCUCUCAAGUUGAGCUGCCCUCUCAAGUUGAACUGCCCUCUCAAGUUGAGCUGCCCUCUCAAGUUGAGCUGCCCUCCCAAGUUGAGCUGUCCUCUCAAGUUGAGCUGUCCUCUCAAGUUGAGCUGUCCUCUCAAGAUGAGCUGCCCUCUCUAGUUGAGCUGUCCUCUCAAGUUGAGCUGUCCUCUCAAGUUGAGCUGUCCUCUCAAGUUGAGCUGUCCUCUCAAGUUGAGCUGUCCUCUCAAGUUGAGCUGUCCUCUCAAGUUGAGCUGUCCUCUAAAGUUAAGCUGUCCUCUCAAGUUGAGCUGUCUUGUCUAGUUGAUCUGUCCUCUCUAGUUGAGCUGUCCUCUCUAGUUGAGCUGUCUUCCCUAGUUGAGCUGUCCUCUCUAGUUGAGCUGUCCUCUCUAGUUGAGCUGUCCUCUACUGUUGAGCUGUCCUCUACAGUUGGACUGUCCUCUCAAGUUGAGCUGUCCUCUCAGGUUGAGGUGUCCUCUCAGGUUGAGAUUUUCUCUCAAGUUGAGCUGUACACUCAAGUUGAGCUGCCCUCUCAAGUUGAGCUGCCCUCUCAAGUUGAGCUGCCCUCUCAAGUUGAGCUGCCCUCUCGUUGA